AGCGCGAGAGCGAAUAGGGAGGAAGGCUGCAGGAAACCAGUGCAGCGAAAUCCACUAUUUGAGCGAGUAGCUCAAAUGCUGUUGGGAAGUCCUUCUCAAAUCAGCAAAGCAAAUAUGAAACAGUAGGCUAAAGUAUAUCAGUGAGUGGAUGGCAGUAGUCUCCGAGCGGUUCGUCAUCAGACUGGGAGAAGGAAGAAUCCCGAACACCUCUCCCAAUCACCGCCUAUUGUAAAACGAGUAGUAGAAGACCAGCCCCGCUGAGGACCAACACAUUUUGGAUAUUUACCUCUGUUACUGCCGAUAUUUUUGCUCCUGGACUCAUUCGCACAGCCUUUCCUCUUCAACUGAGCGCUAUUCCAGACGUAGGGAAUUCGUGUGUUUACGUAUGGUUCCCGUCGGAACAUAAACAAAAACAGGAUCAUCGAAACCUCCUGUUUUGCAUCCUAUUUGAUUGCUCUGCUCAAAUGACAGAAUCAGGUUGAUCCGUUGUGUUGGGGACUAAAUCAUCACAGCACCAUCUCUACAUGCAUGUAUGCAUACUGAUGACGUGAUGAUAUCUACGGGCGUAACGACUCCCUGAAUUAAAAUCGGCAUCUGAAACCGCUCAUUCUUGCAAAGGGAAGCCAGUUGAGCGUCAUCAUGGUGGUUUUUAAUGGAGUAUUGAAGAUCAAGGUUUGUGAGGCUCUAGACCUGAAGCCCACCCCAUGGUCACUCCGGCACGCCGUUGGACCAAAGACCCAAACAUUCUUACUGGACACCUAUAUCGCCCUCAACGUGGACGAUUCCCGUGUGGGUCAAACAUCGACCAAGCAGAAGACAAAUAGUCCAGCUUGGAACGACGAGUUCGUAACUGAGGUUUACGAUGGGAAGAAAAUUGAACUGUCGGUCUUUCAUGAUGCACCAAUUGGCUAUGAUGACUUUGUGGCCAACUGCAUCAUUCAGUUUGAAGACCUGCUGCAGAAUGGUAGUAAGCACUUUGAAGAUUGGAUCGACCUGGAACCGGAGGGCAAAGUGUACGUCAUCAUUGACCUUUCGGGAUCCUCAAGUGAGGCAGCUGCAUCAUCCAAUGAAAAUGAGGAGAGAGUGUUCCGUGAGCGAAUGCGACCGCGGAAACGGCAGGGGGCGGUCCGGAGGCGUGUCCAUCAGGUUAACGGACACAAGUUUAUGGCCACUUACUUGAGACAGCCCACCUACUGCUCCCACUGCCGAGAUUUUAUCUGGGGUGUGUUGGGGAAACAGGGCUAUCAGUGUCAGGUGUGCACCUGUGUGGUCCAUAAAAGAUGCCAUGAACUCAUUAUCACAAAAUGUGCUGGCUUGAAGAAGCAGGAAGACACUCCUGAAGAGGUUGGCUCCCAGCGCUUCAGUGUAAACAUUCCACACAUGUUCAGCAUUCACAAUUACAAAGUCCCCACUUUCUGCGACCACUGUGGCUCCUUACUUUGGGGACUGAUGCGGCAGGGACUGCAGUGCAAAGCCUGUAAAAUGAAUGUCCAUCGGCGCUGUGAAAGUAAUGUAGCUCCAAGCUGUGGUGUCGAUGCCAGAAAAAUUGCUAAAGUCCUCUCUGACCUCGGUGUGACACCAGACAAGAUUUCCAAUAGUACCCAGCGCAGGAAAAAGUUGACCCCAGGGCAGGACCCUCAACAACCCACAUCAGAUACACCCUCAUCAGAGGAGUUUGAUCGUUGCAAAUCGGCUCCAACAUCACCUUGUGACCAGGCAGAGCUUGCAGAACUGGAGAGCAUCCGUAAGGCUUUGUCAUUCGGCCAGGAGCACAAGUCUUCCUCCUCUUCCUCAUGCAGUGGCAUUCAGAGCACAUUGCUCGAGGGUCGGGAGAAUGGACACCUGAAAAUAGUCCAGACGAAGAGGAUGAGUCUGACUGACUUCUCCUUCAUCAAAGUGCUGGGUAAAGGCAGCUUCGGCAAGGUAAUGCUGGCAGAGCUGAAGGGCUCAGAUGAAGUGUAUGCUGUGAAAGUGCUGAAGAAAGAUGUCAUCCUGCAAGAUGAUGAUGUGGACUGCACUUUGACAGAGAAACGCAUUCUGGCCCUGGCUAGAAAGCAUCCGUAUCUAACCCAGCUUUUCUGCUGCUUCCAGACAAAGGAUCGGUUGUUCUUCGUUAUGGAGUAUGUGAAUGGAGGAGACUUGAUGUUUCAGAUCCAGCGCUCGCGAAAGUUUGACGAAUCUCGUUCCCGUUUCUACGCAGCUGAGGUCACAUCAGCGCUUAUGUUCCUGCAUCAACAUGGUGUUAUCUACAGAGACCUGAAGCUGGAUAACAUUCUGUUGGAUGCUGAAGGCCACUGUAAACUGGCCGACUUUGGAAUGUGCAAGGAGGGCAUUCUGAACGGUAUCACGACCACCACCUUCUGUGGGACCCCUGACUACAUCGCGCCUGAGAUCCUGCAGGAGUUGGAGUACGGGCCAUCAGUGGAUUGGUGGGCUUUGGGCGUGCUCAUGUAUGAGAUGAUGGCUGGUCAACCUCCAUUUGAAGCUGACAACGAAGACGACCUGUUUGAGUCCAUUCUCCAUGAUGACGUUCUUUAUCCUGUGUGGCUCAGCAAAGAAUCAGUCAGCAUUCUGAAAGCUUUUAUGACAAAGAGCCCUAAUAAGCGUCUGGGGUGUGUGGUGACCCAGGGGCUGGAGGAAGCCAUCAAAGUCCACCCCUUCUUCAGAGAGAUUGACUGGGUCCUGCUGGAGCAGAGGAAGAUCAAACCACCCUUUAAACCUCGCAUCAAAACCAAGCGUGAUGUGAAUAACUUUGACCAAGACUUCACUCGAGAGGACCCUGUGCUUACACCAGUGGAGGAGGCCAUCAUAAAACAAAUCAACCAGGAUGAAUUUAAGGGUUUCUCUUACUUUGGAGAGGAGGCUUCAUCUUAAAGCCCUGGCACCUAUCAGUUCAAAUAAAAACACACAGUAAACAUACCCACAUCGCCACGCAAUAUAUUAAUACACUCUCCACAGAUGUGCUGAAGACCACAGGCUGGGCUCCGAGCAGAAGAGCCAGUCCCUAUGUCCGGAAUUCAGUUCUCCUUUACUGCUGUUUUCAUUCUUAUAUUCUUCUCUGUAUCUCCAAAAGAGAAACAUUUGUACUGCAUAUUCUCAUGACAGUGGACAUCAUAGAGUACCCGGCCUCUACAGUAAUGUCACUGUAAUGUUUCAAAAAGCUACUAGUUUGAAAACUAAUCAGAAAAGAAUGUCCUCCAGAGCCCAGAAUGAAGGGUCGGAACACACUACCUUAAACCAAAUUGACAAUACCAAUGAUUGUACUACCAUUUGGACACCAGUCAGGUCUCCAUAGUCCCUGAUGGAAGCGGUUGUGCCCUUGAGGAAGAAUAUACCCUGCAUACGUGACAAUGAAUGAAACAUGUUGUGCUGUGCAGUCAAAUGCCUUUUUGUGUAUUCAGGUGACAUUUUGGGAGCAAUUUUAUAAAUAUAUAUAUAGAAAGACAUAAAAAAAUGAACUUUGUAGUAUAUAUAUAUAUAUAUAUAUAUAUAUAUAUAUA